AUGGCUGUCUUGUGUGUCCUCUGUCCCAAGGCUAAGAAGAAGCCACCACAGCUGCAGACUCCCAGAGAUGUGUCUCCUGUGUUCCGUUCCUUUCUGAAGUCUUGCCUGACCCAGAAGGGGAAGCGUCGAUGGACAGCCAGUCAGCUGCUGAAGCAUCAUUUUUUGGAAAAAUCCAAGAGUCUUGCUGAGCUGGCUCCUCUGGUUGAUGCAGCCAGGAGACCCACAACACCAGCACCAGAACCUCUGCUGGCUCCUUCUGUUUCUGGACAAGAGUGUAAAGAAGAGCAAGGAAAGAAGGAAGUCCAAGCAAAGCCUGAAGGAAAGAAAUCAAUCCUCCAGAGCUCUGCAAGGGAAGGUGCUGCUGUGGCUCCACAACUUGAAGAAGUCUCCUUUCCCAACGCUGAAAUGCCAAGCACAAGCACCGGGAAAGGAGACACUGGGAAGAAAAGCAUUGCCAAGAAAGUCACGGACCAGCCACCACCGAUGUCCCCACUAACAAGACUUUACCUCGCUGAUCUCA